AUGGUACCUCUAGAAUUUCAUGAAUGGCGUGAUCAUCAACGUGCUGCCCUCUAUAAAUUAUAUGAUCAAGGAUUUCUCCCAAAACCCGAUAUAAACACAAUUGUUGUUGAAUGGAGAGAAAAGAAAAGGAAUAGAAUUUGGCAUAAAGUGACAUUUAAACAUUUUAUUCAAAAAACAACUCCAAUAAUUACAUCGGAAGAAAAAGAUUUAGCCUUUCGUGAACAUAUAAAAUCAAAAAUUGAGGCAUCUAUGGAUAUUCAAAAAACAUCUGCUAUGGCACUUAAUUCAAUGGGAAUUGGCUCUUUAUUGAGCCAAAUAGUUUUAUUAGUCUUAUUUUUCCCUGUUCGCAAAGGAAUAAUAUCAGAACCUGUUGAAAAGAUUUUUUUAAUUAUUGUGAAUACUCCAACUGAAAUUCUUUCUUUUGGUGCUGGAAUUAUUGCCUCUAAAUGGGGCGCGGAAAAAGUUGAAAAAUGGUGGAGUAGUGAUGAUAUGAAAAAUAAACAGAUGGUUCGUCUUAUAAUUGACCGAACAAUAAAACAAAUAGACCAUCCAGAUAAAGAAUUUCAAGAAAUUAAAGAAAAUGAGAUAUAUAAAAUAUAUCAUCCAAAAUUACAACUUUUGUUCAGAUACGGCAAAUGGAUCACAAAAUUUAUGAUUGUCACCUUUAAAUUUAUGACAAAACCGUCAUUAUUUAAACAAAUAAAUUUAAGUAAAAUGACACUUCCUUUAUUUAAAGAGGAAGAAAUAAAUGAGGAUUUAAAUUUUAAAAUUUCUUAUUUGCCCGAACCUCUAGAUAAAAUGACAAAAAUGCCGGGAAUUGAUGAAGAAAAAUUAAAUGAAUUUAUUGAAGAUAUUGGAGAAUAUUUUGAGAAUCACAAAUUAACAUUAACUGAAAGUCAUCAUUAUAUGACAAUUUUAAAUAAUUGGGAAGAGAAUAAAAAUGGGGAAAACUCUAAAAAUAAGGGAAAAUUAAAAGAAUUGAUAGAAGUAAAUGAAGGAGAGGAAUCAUUUUUUGAUUAUUUAAAAAGGAUAAUAUUGAACGAAAAAUAUGAAAAAAUAAAUUUUGAAGUAAACAAUACAUUUGAAAAAGUUUGUAAAAUAUUUAAAAAUAAUAUUUAA